CAUAAAUAUUAAAGAAUGGAUUAUCCAUUGUUAUUUUAUUGACAAAAAAUAGAGGGAAGUGUGCCGAAAAGAAAGAGGGAAAGAGAGGAAGACUGAUUAUAUCAAUGCCUUUUAACAGCAGUCUUAUCAUAAAUUAUAUUUGGUGAUUAUUAUAAUCUUGUUUCUAUAGUUCUAUACUAAUUGUUAUUCUAAAUUUCAUUAUUUAACUUAUUUACUCUUAAUUGUAUUCUAUUUAAAACGAUUGUACGUUUAUAUUAGAACUAUGGUUCAUAUUUGCAUAGUAUGUAGACUUUCAUCUACGGAUAAUAAAGAUCUUGCAUUACACAGAUGUCCUAAGAACUUGGAAAAGAGGCAAAAAUGGGAAUCAGCCUUAGGAGUGCAACAACUUGGUAAAUGGAAUUAUGUUUGUGGAAAUCACUUUACUAGUGACAGUUAUAUCUUUAGUAAUGCUAGAAGAAUAUUGAAGAGUAAUGCUGUACCAAUGGUCGCUCAAUAUUCAGAUGAGUCUUAUUCACCGAUUAUUUGUACUUCUGCAACUGAUAAUGAUUCACAGUGUGUAUUUUCUUUAAUAUCUAUGGUUUUAGCAAUGACCUCAUACUCAACAGUAUACUAUUAUAGUAAUAUAUAUCGUUCUAUGAUAUUAAGGUCUAUGGAUUUUGAUCACGAUUAAAGAUAUACAGGUUGGGAAUUGAGCUAAGAUAAAGUGAAGCACGAACCUUCUAAAAAAAUCAGCUGUUUCAACUAUUCACUAGUGCUCGGUAACUCCCCAGUGUCGAAAAUGAUUACUAAUUAGUUACAAAUAAAUAAAAUUGAAAAUUCAUAAAAUAAUAAAACAAUUUUAUUCUAUGACUCGACUUUUUACUAAUUUUGAUAACUUUUUCUUAGUUAUGUUUUCCUUUUUAUUUUUUUGGUUUUGAAUAUAAGUAAACUGUCUCAUGCGCAUUAUUAUGUAAUAGGAAAAAAUGUUUGUCAACAUUUUAAUUUGAUGCUCCUGGAUAGUACAUGGAACUUCAGUCAUAUUCUGUUUGAAGAAUUCUUCAUAUGUGUUUUCAAACACAUCACUUGCAUUUGCAUGUAACGCAAAGCACUCUUCGAGGCAUUUAACUAUAAUAUACAAAUUAAUACUGGGGUAUGUUAGAUAGCCUCUUGUUUUAGCAUUAAUUAAAUCAGCUUCUUUUCCCAUGCCAACUCCAGAGGUAUUUAAAUUAUUCAGACUUUCAAUGAACUUAUCACAUUUAGUAUUCUUUACUAAACGCCUUGCUAUAUAACUAAAAUUAAAAUGAGUGAUUAUAUAAAGUACCAAUUUUGAAAGAAAAAAUACAUUAUUUAUUUUACCCAGCCAAAAUAUGGUACUUUUCUGUUAUCCCUACUACCUCGAGUCUCCAUUCUGUUAUCUCGACUACCACGCCGAUGCUGUGACCACAACCCGCUCGAUUACCUAUUGCUGACAGUUGUUGUAUUUCCGUCAUUGUAUUUAUUAAUUUUAAAAUAAUUAUGAAUCUGUGGAAUUUACCAAACAGUGAAAAGGAUGCGAUUGAAUUUUUGCAAGAGAAGGGUUUACUUCCAGGGCACCGUGAAUGCAAAAAUAGAAUUUUAGACCUCUGUAACCGUGAUUUUUUAUUUUUAUAUGUAAUAUUUAAUAUCUUGAUGAAUUUAUGUUUAAUGUUAUAAUUUAUAGAAUAGACUUUCAACUGCUGUGAUAAUUUUAGAAUAUGUAACUUGGCGUUUUGUGAUAAUUUUAAGGACAUACUAAUAUGCAUUAUUAUAUAAAUGGCAAUUCAUGUGGCUUAUGUAUUAAAAUAUAGAACUAUCUAGAUAUUACUUUAGUAGUCGAGUUAACAGAAUUGAGUGGUCUCUGUAGUCGCGGCUAGUGGUAGUAGGGAUAACAGAAAAGUACCCAAAAUAUAUACAACACACUCGAACACUGUCGAAUCUGUAUAAUUGUGUUCUAACAAAAUGCCAUCCAAAUCCCAACAAUCAUCUCUAAUAAUUUUGUCAAUUUUAUUUUUUAAUUUAUUCACUUUAGUAACUCUUUCAGGCAAAUUUUCUGUAUCAUUAAUUAUGCUAUUAAUUAUGUUUAUGCCAGUCAUUGAAAUUAUAGGAAUUGUUUCUGUAAAUUGAAAUGAAUACAAUUUUUGUACUUUUUGUAUAGUAUUCAAAUUAAAAAGAAGAAUUCCACAAUUCUUAUUCAUUUUAAAAACAAAAUUUUCAAAAAUGUUUAUUUUAUUAUAGCAAAAUAGCAAAUCAACAAAAUUCCAACAACAUCAUCAGUUAUCACGUGUAUUAUGUAGUGUCUUGAACACAAAAUAUUAUAUUAUAUUUAUAAAAAAAUUAUAACACAAAUGAUUUAUGAUUCGUCUGGAAAAGCGCGGUAACAUCAAUGAUAGUAUUGUACAAAAUAAUUCCGAUAGUAUCGCUAGUGAUUAGUUGGAACAGCUGAUUUGUUCAGAAGAUUUGCAAUUGUAAACAGGUCGAUUCCUAACGUCCUGUACACAGAAUAUAUGAAAUCAGAAUGGUCACAUCUCAAAAAAUUACAUUGUUCUUAUGGAAAGCUGAUAAGAAGGUCCGCCAUAUUGAAUGCAUACGUCAGUGUUGCCCCCCAAAAAAAU